AUGGGUUUUUUAACAAAUAAUUCAAAUGAAGAUAAAGUUAUAUUUGAAAGUAUUCAAAUGAUAUGUGGAAUAUAUCUUAUUCCAAUUAUUUGUAUACCUGGUCUUAUUAGUAAUAUUCUUUGUAUUAUUGUAUUUGUUACGAAUAGUAUGCAAAGAUUUUUAACAACACAAUUUCUUCUUUAUCUUGCUGUAUCAGAUACAAUUAAACUUUCAAAUGAUUUACUUUAUUCGAUUGUACUUAUUAUUCAAAUAUUUAAUCAACAAUUUGGAAAAAAAUUAUUUCUUAUACUCUAUCGUUAUUGUCAUUAUAUUAAUACUGUAUCAACAUUAUCCACAGCAUGGCUUACAUUAAUUGUAGCUAUUGAAAGGUAUAUAUUGUGUAGUACAAAUAGUCAUACACGACUAACAAUUCAGAAAAAUUCUCGUACGAUAUGUAAUUUAAUAAUCAUUCUCAGUCUUGUUAUUUCUUUGCCAGUAUCAUUUCGUUAUGAAAUUAUUCCAUUAUCAGCAAAUGAAACAUUAAAUAACUCAAGUUCAUCCAUCCGUUUAUCAAAAUUUGGUAGUUCACGUUUUUUUCGUUUAUAUUCAAUUAUAGUUGACCUUAUACGUGCAAUAUUUCCUUCAUUACUAUUGCUUUAUUUAAAUACGCGUAUUGUUUAUUUACUUUGUCGAAUGAAAUCAUCAGCUGGUACAGCAUUUUAUCGUUUAACAAUGAGUCUUAUUAUUAUUAUUGGUUGUUUUAUUUGUUGUUAUUUUCCUGAUGCACUUUUAUCUCUUAUACUUAAUAUGGGUUAUAUCGAUGAAACAUAUAAUAAACGUGCCAUAAGAGAAUUAACUGAUUUUUUUGUUACAUUAAAUUCUGCAACUAAUUUUGCUAUUUAUUUUUCUAUAUCAUAUACAUUUCGACGUGCAAUGUUACGUUUACUUGAACGACCAACAAAACUAUCUUAUCCAACAACAUAUGAAGAUCUUAUACAACGUCAAAGAUUGCAACAUCAACAUUAUCCACUAUGUAAUAAUCCAAGAAAUUUUGUGUAA